AGUUAAAAAAAAGCAAUAAACGAAGGCAGCCAACUGUUGCUGCUGGAACGACGUGUGUGUGGCAAAUAGAAAGUAAUUCAGUCAGAUUGCAGUACAAAUAUGAACCUGAAGCAACGCACUUUCCUACUGGUGACCGGAGCCUCUCGAGGCAUUGGCCGUGAGUUUGCCCAACAACUCUCCGGACGGAUCGAAGCCCGGGGAUCCGUGGUCGCUCUCUUGGGGCGAAACCAGCCAUUGCUGGAAGAGGUCAAGACGCAGAUCUUGAACUCGGAGCCCAAUCUUGCUGUGCACACAUACUCCUUGGAGUUGGGCACAGCUAGAACGGAGGAUUUUACCGAGAUCCUGGAAAACGCUCGUGGCGAAAAGGAGGCUUUUGAGCGCGCCAUCGUGAUUCAUAAUGCCGGAACAGUGGGAGACACCUCCAAGCGGGCCAAGGAGAUCGGGGAUACAGUCUUCCUGCAGCAGUAUUAUCACACCAACGUCUUCUCCGCCAUUGCCCUGAACUGCGAGUUCAUGCGGAUGUUCCAGGGCAUCCCCAAGUUGGUGGUUAACCUAAGCACUCUGGCGGCCAUCGCACCCAUAUCUUCAAUGGCCCACUAUUGCACCGUGAAGGCGGCCCGCGAGAUGUAUUUCCGCGUGUUGGCCACGGAAGAACCAGCUGCUGACACCCUGGUGCUCAACUAUGCCCCAGGCGUUAUUGACACCCAGAUGACCGUGCAGGUACAGCGCGAGGCCCACGAUCCAGCCAUUGUUGCCAUGUUCCGAGAGCAACGGGAGGGUAAAACCAUGCUAACCCCGGCUCAAACCACGGAGCGUUUCAUCCAGGUCCUGGAGGCCCAGAAGUUCAAGUCCGGGGAUCAUGUCGACUACAGGGACGCAGCGUUUUAGAUAUUAGAAAUGGCUUUGGUAAUGGGAGUUUUGUUUAAUCUAUAAUAAAUAUAAAACUGUGGUAAAUUCGAACUCGAUUUUGUACAAUUUCAAGA